GUGCAAUGCUUUUGCAGGGUGAAGUUAAUGGAAGUCAUUAGGUUAGGUUUGACUCUCUGAGACUGCACAAAACAUAAUUCCUUCAUAUUUCCAAUUCUUUGACUGUGUUAUCAUCUCUACAAGCACAGAUUCCAGCUCAGGAAGCAGAUGCAAAGAUGACUGUCGAGUACCAUGCCUCUACAGUGACAAACAUGGACGUCGAAGAGAGUAAAAUUGGCUAUAAGCAGCUUUUUGUGGAUGGCAGCAAGCUCCGCUAUUCAUUUUAUGUGUUGAGAAACAGCCCAUACCGGGUUGCUACAGUUUGCCUCGGGCUCCUGUGUGUUCUCCUGUUGGCUGGUGCCAUAGGUCAGAGUUUUCACUACCAAAAAUUUGAGCAAGACAGUCACAAAAACCUAAAAGCCAUGAGUAAAGAGAAAGAGAUCCUGCAGGAGAACCUUAAGACGGUGCAGAAACAAAAACAGGUCCUUGAAGCCAAUCGUAAUGGCUUACAAAAUAGUUUUGAUAACUUAUACAGAAGGAAAGAACAAAUACAGACAAAUAACAAUUUACUGACUGACGAAACAAACAAACUUAAACUUAGCCAAAGCCGGUUAGAGGCCAGUAACGCUGCUUUGAACAAAGAGAUCGAACAGCUCAGAGCCAGUAAAAGCCUGUUGGAUACUAAUAACAAUGCCUUGACUGCAGCCAAAAACAUGUUACAAAAACAAAUUGAUUCAGCAGUCAAGCAAAGAGAGGGGUUUAAGACCAAUUUGAGUUCAAUGACCAAGGAGAGGGACAAUUUUCAUAACAAAUUCAAUAUUGUAAGCGGAGAAAAAGAGCAGCUGCAGAUGAAAUACAAUGACUUGAUUAAAGACGUAGAACAUUUACAGGACAGAUACAACUUCUCUAACAGUGAAAAAGACAAGCUAGCAAGCAGUCACCAAAACCUGACGAUAGAAAAAGACACUCUGCAGGCCACUAUCAACACACUUACAAAAGCAACAGAUGUGUUGCGGGUUAAUUACAACUCCUUGGCUCAGGAAAAACACAAGCUUGAAAACAGUUGCCAAAAUGUGACUGCAGAGAGAGACCUGCUGAGGGUGAAAAUCAACAACCUGACUGCUCAGAGAGAUCAUCUAUAUGUGGAAGCUGACAGACUGAACCAAACCCUUCAAGAUAGGAAGUGUCCAACCGGUUGGCAGAAGUUCCAGUACAGCUGCUACUUCACUUCUGUUGGAAAGAAAACCUGGAGCCAGAGCAGAGAAUACUGUCAGAACAAGGGAGCAGACCUGGCAGUCAUAAAAAGCCAAAAUGAAAUGACCUUCAUCAAUGGCUUGUAUAAGAGUGACAAAGAAGUCUGGAUUGGAUUGACUGAUGAAGGAGUAGAAGGGCAGUGGAAAUGGGUGGAUGGGACAGCGCUGACCACAGCGUACUGGGGUAAAGGCCAGCCCAACAGCUAUGAUGGGAGGAACCAGGACUGUGUGGAGUUCUGGCACCGUGGGUCAGGAAAAGGCGACUGGAAUGAUGAGAACUGUAAUGUAGAACAAAACUGGAUCUGUGAGAUGUAGUUUUCCUGUACAUGGAAAAAAUGAUCCUUAUGUAAUAUCAGUGUAAAAAAAAAAAAAAUGCACAGUAGGGACUGCUGUCAGCAAA